GGCUGUGCUUGCCAGUGUUGCCCCUUUUUUUGGCUUUACUUGGCGCAUACUUUACCAGAAGACUAAUAAUAAUAAUUCUGGAAUUAAAAGCAUUCUCAUUUCUGACGUUAAAUCCGCCAACACUGACUGGUAGGAAUCUAAAAGGAACUUCUCCCAUUCUGAACCAUGACGUCUGAAUCGCCAAGUUUGGGAAACAUUGACAUAGAAGCCUACAUUUUGAAUGAAUACAUUCCCGCUAAGCCUCUGGAUGGAAAUUUGGAAGUCCAUUUCAGUGACUCGGAGCUUGCACCAACGGAAGCAUGUGCACAGCUGAGAUGCGGAGAACUUUUGAAAUUCCCAUUUGUUCGGCCAGGGUGUCAGCCGAGGGCAGUGGCGAUAAGAAAGAGCGACGUUCUCGUUCCCGACGAUGAGGCAACAGCAACAAAACGCGUGGUAGAGCUUACGCUGGAUUCCCCGGAUUUAUUUGAGUUCCAACCAGGAGACACCAUCGCCGUUUUGCCAAGCAAUGAUGGGAAACUUGUGGAUGAGUUCCUAGAUCGCCUUGAGCUGGUCUCAAAGGCAGAUACGAUGUGCAGCGUAAAGCUGGCUCUUAAGUGUGCCAAAAAAAGCGCCAAAGUUCCAGCCCAUAUUCCGCAGACAACGAGUCCUCGGGAGAUCCUUACCCACUGCCUGGCCCUCAAUGCUGUUCCACAGAAGCAGUUUCUCAGCGCGUUGGCUGGUUUCACUGACAAUGAAAAGGAACGAUCUUUCCUGGCUUGCCUUUCUUCAAAGCAGGCCGCCUCUUCCUACAGUGAACUUGUUUUAGAGCGAGGACUGCGCUUUUUGAACAUUCUGGAGCUGUGUGCCACCUGCAGACCAUCCCUAGCCUUCCUGGUCGAGCACUUACCAAGGCUAUUGCCACGUCCUUAUUCACUUUCCAAUAGUCCUUUGGCGAGCGGACCCCAGGAGCUGCAGAUAAUCUACUCGAUCCUCAAAUACAAACCUGGAGUCACAACCAGCAUGUUGGAAUCGAAAGCCCAAAAAGUCGAAAACGGAGAACCCACUGAAGUUGUUAUUUAUCCUCGGCUAAGCAAUAAUUUCCGAUACACAGAGGACGACCUUUCCAGCAAUCAAAUUCUGAUCGCUGUUGGUACGGGCGUAGCUCCUUUCCUCGGCUUCCUGUCCCACAAAGAACAGCUCAUAAGCCAACAGUCGCCAAGGGAAAUAGGAAAAACGUGGCUGUAUUUAAGCGCCAAGACAACGAGGGCUACUCUGAAUCUAGACCAACUGCUAGUCUGGCAGCUAACCUCAGUGCUGGAGCGACUUCGCAUGUGUCAAUCGCGUGGAGAGUCUCCCUGCUACGUGCAACAGCUGCUGGAGGAGGAUUCGGAGGAGCUGGUCGCCUUGCUAUUGCAACCCAAUACUGUGCUCUAUGUAUGUGCUGACGGUGCCAAAAUAUCGCAGUCUAUUGCUGGGGGCUUGAUAAAGUGCCUCCAGACAGCUCUGCAGCUCAGUGAGGAAGAGGCGGCACAAAAGCUCAAGGAGCUAAGAGCGCAAGGCAAAUACCGCGAGGAUGUCUGGCUAUAAAGUAAGUACUAAGUAGGAGUUCUCCGGUUGAAAGUAGAUUUGUUGUUGUCUUAAUAUUUAAAUACUUGUCACUGAAAAUAAAUGAGCUGUAAUUAGAUUAGAAGAAAAAACACUGGCUUUGGUCGAAUAAGUAAAUAACGAUAUAUUUAACAACACAAAAUAAAAAUUACAGUGCAGUCUAAACUAAAUACAUACAGUUGUGAAGGAUCUCCUUCAAUGUUCAAAAUGGAUGGGGGCGAUUACGAUUACGAGAACUAAAUGGGUUUUGGGUCGGUGCGUAAGGUACACUUAACUGGUAAAUCGAAAAAAUAAUAACUCUAAAUAGCGGUAGAAUAUACGAUUACGACUUAGGAUUCAAAGCGAAAAAUAAAUGUGUACAUUAAACGUAAAGAACUUAUUGUGGGAAUUUGCUCAGUUUGCUAGAAUUAAAGCAACCAUUAAUUUGAUAAAUAAUCGUUAUUUUUCGUUCGCUCUCCGCCUUUUCUAUAUACCGAUAUCUGCGUACUGUUUAUCAUAUACUGUUUAAAGUUUAUUUUGGCAAGUCGGCCCUUGCGGUGACCUUGCACAUUAAUAUGCAUUCUGUAUUUUAACUACGUUUAAGUUAUAAUUGAAAUAGCGCCAAUCCUGGUCGUGUAUAUUAAUAUAAUUACGAAUCGAUCAAAAUUGAUUUCGGCUUCACUCUUCACACUCGUACAUAUCUUUACAAUUGCAAUAAAAGUUUCGUAUAAAAAAUUA